GGGAUAGCCACCUCUAGAGUAAUUAGGCCAAUUUAGUUCAAUGGCCUUUCAGGUUGGAGGGUUCAGCUUCAUGGACACACUGGGAGGAACAGUUGAGGUGUCAACCAAGCUUUUUUUUUUAGCUGUUGAAGGGCUUUUUUGGGGGGUUUCUGGACAAGGAUUUUUUUUUUUCGAUUAGGCCUAACCUCUCCAGUGCUUUAUCAGGCACUUGAACCUUUUACUUACCUUUUAGACCGCAUACCCUUUCAGUGCUUGGGGUCAUGUGCAGCCAACAGGCUUACCCUUCAUUUACCCUGAACCAUGAUAACGCCCAAGAGGGGUUCGAGGAUUACUACCAAUCUUUCCGGGACUUUUUCUCCCCAGCUAUGAGGACAGAUGAUGGGGAUCUGGAGGAGCACCGGACUCAGGUCUUGGCUUGGAACCACGCUCCUCAGCUGGAGCCCCCUGGUCACCUCAAUCUCUGUACACCUCCAAAUGAUCAACUAAAUAUGGAAACCCCUUCCAUGGUGGAGAGCUGGAUUAUCGAGCCGAGUGCAGACUCUGAUGGAUCGGUAGAGGAGGAGAGUCACCCAGUUCUUCAGUAUUACCCCCAUGAUUGGACUCCAGCCUUCUGGCCAGAGAGCCCCGAUUCUUCCAGCCAGACCCAUGAAAGUGAGAAACAUUUUGGAGCCUGGAACGAUCUGACGCCGCCCAACCAGAGUCCCAACAUGCCAAUAGAGACUGUGGUAGCUAACGUGGAGAGUAGCCGCUGCAGCAGCGCAACCACCCAAGAGGUGACCAAAGAGAGCGACUCACUCGCCAGCCAGACCGUGGUAUCUAAUGUGGAGAGUAGCUGCUGCAGCAGCGCAACCACCCAAGAGAGCGACUCACUCACCAGCCAGACUGUGAGCGGAAUGGGGACCCAGGAGAAGACUUUGUCUGAUAUCUUGGAGGACGUGCUGGAAAUGCUCAGUGAGACGGAAAUGGAGAAGUUUGCUAAGGACUUGAAGCAGAAGCGUUUUGAUAUGGGGUUUUCACAAGCAGAUGUUUGCUUUGCGGUGAAAGUUUUGUACGGAAAGGAGUUGAGCCAAACUAUAAUCUGUAGGUUUGAGUCAGUCCAGCUAAGCUACAGGAAUAUGUGUCGGAUUAGACCCUUUCUAGAACGCUGGCUGGAAGACACUGAAAAGAAUGAAGGCCUUCAAAAGAUGAUCCGUAAAGAACUGGCGCUGGUUUCCCGGAAGAGGAAACAACGGGCAAUCCUGGACAAAAUUGCAAGAGACAGCUUGGAGAUUUUUUUUAGAAACGACCCCAAACCAGAUCACCAGCAAUUGGAACAGAUUGCUAAGUACCUGAAUGUGGAGUAUGAUGUGGUCCAUAUGUGGUUCUGUAAUCGCCGUCAGACGUCUCAGUUUGUGAAGGAGCCUAGUAACAAAAAUUAUGAACGACAACUCAUUGUCCCUCAUGUUGGAGUUUUUUCUCGUCGGGAAAUGCCAUUUCCAGGAUAUAUGUCUCGGUCACCACCAAUGUACAACCUUGCUUUUCACCACAAAAACAUGUUCCAAUAGCAUGUGCCUCAUGGAAUGCAUCUUGGAAACCAAAUCUGCUAACUUUGAGUCGAAGACUUCUUUGAAAUGGGACUACUGGCCUUCCCUGCUCGUAUCCGGAUUAUGAUCUGGCCCGAGUAUGAAGACCUUUUUUUUAUAUUUUAAUUUACAUUUUGGACACUUUUAAUGCUUCAAGACUCUUGAGUCCCUCUAAUUUUGAAUCUCCUGUUUGCCACCUUUUGAUCUACAACGUGGAUGUCUCUCCUUCCUAAAUCAGAGGUGUUGACUAGGGAGAGCUCAGGUUCUUUGUUAUCAAAUGAAAAGAUUAUUAUAAUA